UAGAAGAGGUUUCAACACCUCCCUUCACUCGCAGUUUAAAUCCAGAGGGUAAACCCUCGGAGAGGUGUCAGUGUCCUGUGCGAAGGAACAGAGACGCAGCGAUGGAAUUUCUCUCUGUGUUUGUCUCCGCUUUUCUGGUCUGUGCUGCCAGUGCCGGUAUUCCUCAUGAUGGAAUACACUGGACAUACACAGAGGGAGCUUUGGACCAGAUGCACUGGCCAACCAAGUACCCUGCCUGCGGCGGCAAGAAGCAGUCCCCAAUUGAUAUCCAGCGGCGCAGCGUGAGACACAACCCAGACAUGUUGCAGCUGGAGCUCAGCGGAUAUGAUACCCAGAGAGGGAAUUUCCUCAUGUCGAACAACGGGCACUCUGUUCAAAUCGACCUGCCUCCCACUAUGAUGAUCACCAAAGGCCUCCCAGGAAAAUAUACAGCUGUCCAGAUGCACCUGCACUGGGGCGGCUGGGACCUGGAGGCCAGCGGAGCCGAACACACCAUAGACGGCAUCCGCUACAUGGCAGAGCUCCAUGUUGUCCAUUACAAUUCUGACAAGUACAAGAGCUUUACUGAAGCAAGAGAUAAGCCAGAUGGGCUGGCAGUACUCGCCUUUUUCUAUGAUGAUGGGCAUUUCGAGAACACUUACUACAGUGAUUUUAUCUCCAACCUGGACAAAAUCAAGUAUGCAGAACAGUCCAUGAACAUAUCGAGUAUCAAUGUGCGCUCGAUGCUCCCCGAGAACCUCAACCAUUUCUUCAGAUACCAGGGCUCCCUCACCACUCCACCUUGCUACGAGAGCAUCCUCUGGACUGUGUUCGAUACACCCAUCACUCUUUCACAUAACCAGAUCAGGAAACUGGAGAGUACUCUGAUGGACAAGGACAACAAGACCUUGUGGAAUGACUAUCGCAUCGCUCAGCCUCUCAACGGCCGUGUGGUAGAGUCUUCUUUCCUCCCACGCCUUGGGAAAGGAACAUUUUGUCGGCAAGAUGAAAUUGAAUCCAGGCUCCUGAGGAUCGAGGGUCUUAUAACUUCCCUUGGAAAGCACAUGCAUUCAGGCGGACACCGCCACUCAAGGCCUUCCAGAUAUGACCCUCGCGCUCUGUUUCCUCUAGUGCUCAACUUUGAGGAGAAAAAUUUUGGUAGUUAUGCUUUGGCUCACCUCAGCCAUCGUAUGGACCUCGACUCCUUCACUGUCUGCAUGCAUGUCCUGCCUCAGAUUGAGGGCAUCCACACCAUCAUCUCCUACUCCAGCAAUGGCAACGACAAUGAGCUGAUGAUCUCCAUUGAUGAAGAAAGGGGUGCCAGAGAAGUGGGCCUCUGGAUUGGCAAUGAGUUCGUCAAUCUGCCUCACAACUUCAGGUCCCACGACUGGGCCAACUACUGCAUCACCUGGUCGUCCCACACCGGUGGCGCGGAGCUGUGGAUCAAUGGCAUGGUGGGGGAGCAGCGGUACCUGAAAAGUGGUUACAUAGUCAGCCCUGGUGGCAUGUUCAUCCUGGGCAAAGACCAGGAUGGACUGCUGGGCAUCUCUAACGCAGACGCCUUUGUGGGUAAGAUGACUGAUGUCAACGUGUGGGACUAUGUUCUGACCACAGCAGAUAUCCGGGACCAGAUGUCAUGCGAGAGGAACGGCACUGCGGUGGGAAAUGUGUUCAGCUGGGGAGCCACUGGACUUAGUCUGUAUGGAGGAGUGCAGCUGGACAGUCAGUACAGAUGCUCCUGAAAAGGCUCAGCUGCCUCUGUUUCUAUGAGCUUUAAAAAUGUUGCAAUAAACCAAAAUAUCACUGCUGAUGGUGGCGAUUUAACAUGGUAAUGGCAUAAUUGAUGAAGGAAAAAAAAGUCUUUCAGGCACCUGUAAGUCAAUAUUUAAUUCAAACUAUACUUCAUAGCUUCAGCUGUGUAUUGUACUCAUAUCUUUGCAUCAUCAAUAAAGGCUUACAAG